AAGAUUUCAAACCAAAUGGAUAUGGAUUACUGUUUCCAAUGCCCCAAAGGCCAAUUUCCAAACAGCAACAGAGAUCAAUGCCUUCCUAAAGCCCUAAACUUCCUGUCUUUCACAGAACCUUUGGGGAUCAUUUUAACCUUUUUGAUUUUGUCUUCUUCUGUAACCACAGCUUUGGUGCUAGAAAUUUUCAUCAAGCACAAGGACACACCCAUUGUCAAAGCCAACAACCGGAAUCUCACCUACACUCUACUCAUAUCCCUCUUGCUCUCUUUCCUCUGCUCUUUGCUAUUCAUUGGCUGCCCUCACAGAGUGACCUGCUGUUUACGACAAACUGCCUUUGGCAUUAUCUUCUCUGUGGCUGUUUCUUGUGUUUUGGCAAAAACUGUCACUGUGGUCCUGGCUUUCAUGGCCACCAAGCCAGGAUCCAGGAUGAUGAAAUGGGUGGGGAAAAGUCUGGCCAAUUCUGUUGUAUUUAGCUGCUCCAUUAUUGAAGCCAUCAUUUGUGUUGUAUGGCUAUGUACUGCUCCUCCAUUCCCACAUUUUGACAUGUAUUCUCUCACGGAAGAAAUCAUAGUGGAAUGCAGUGAAGGAUCUGUCAUUGUGUUUUCUUGUGUUCUGGGAUACUUGGGAUUUCUUGCCAUUGUAAGCUUCGCAGUCGCUUUUCAAGCCAGGAAGUUGCCAGAUAGCUUCAAUGAAGCCAAGUUCAUCACUUUCAGCAUGCUGGUAUUUUGCAGCGUUUGGUUGUCCUUUGUUCCUUCUUACCUGAGCACAAAGGGGAAAUACAUGGUGGCUGUGGAGAUCUUCUCCAUCUUGGCCUCCAGUGCUGGGUUACUGGGUUGUAUCUUUGCCCCCAAAUGCUACAUAAUUAUCCUGAGGCCUUCGUUGAACAGCAGAGAGCAGCUUAUACGUAGAAAUACCUAG